GGCGGCGGAGCGAGCGCCGGCAGCCGCGGCAGGAGCGGCGCGGCAGGAGCACGUCCAUGGAGCACAACCACCUCCACCUCCACAACGGCUCGCUCCUGGCGCACCACCAGAAUGGCUGUGGCCUGGGAUAUGCCCCCGUCGUCUACUACAGCCUGCUGCUCUGCCUCGGGCUGCCAGCAAACAUCUUGACAGUCAUCAUCCUUUCCCAGCUCGUUGCUCGCAGGCAGAAGUCCUCCUAUAACUAUCUUCUAGCUCUAGCUGCUGCUGACAUCCUGGUUCUGUUCUUCAUUGUUUUUGUUGACUUUCUCAUGGAAGACUUUAUCUUAAAUAAACAGAUGCCUCAGGUACUGGACAAAAUAAUCGAGGUCUUGGAAUUUUCUUCCAUCCACACCUCCAUUUGGAUUACUGUUCCACUAACAAUUGAUAGGUAUAUAGCCGUGUGUCAUCCGCUGAAGUAUCACACAGUCUCCUACCCUGCUCGUACUCGAAAAGUCAUUGUAAGUGUCUAUAUCACCUGCUUUUUGACCAGCAUUCCCUACUACUGGUGGCCCAAUAUUUGGAUUGAAGACUACAUAAGCACAUCAAUGCAUCAUGUCCUCAUCUGGAUCCACUGCUUUACUGUUUACUUAGUGCCCUGCUCCAUCUUCUUCAUUCUGAAUUCUAUCAUCGUGUACAAGCUGCGGCGAAAGAGCAAUUUCCGACUGCGAGGGUACUCCACAGGGAAAACAACAGCCAUUUUGUUUACUAUAACUUCUAUUUUUGCCAUACUUUGGGCACCAAGAAUAAUCAUGAUAUUGUAUCACCUCUACGUAUCGCCUAUAAACAACAGCUGGGUGGUGCAUAUUGUGUCGGACAUUGCCAAUAUGCUAGCAUUGCUGAACACUGCAAUUAAUUUCUUCCUCUACUGUUUUAUUAGCAAAAGAUUUCGCACAAUGGCAGCUGCCACACUGAAAGCCUUCUUUAAGUGUCAAAAGCAACCUGUGCAAUUCUAUACAAACCAUAACUUUUCAAUAACAAGCAGCCCUUGGAUUUCCCCUGCCAAUUCUCAUUGCAUCAAAAUGCUUGUUUACCAGUAUGAUAAGAAUGGAAAGCCUAUAAAAAUAUCACCAUGAAAAGGGCAACUGUUGGAGUUUCUGGGUGCGAUUACUUUUCAAGUGGUUACAUCUUCAGGAUGUAAUUUGCUGAAAUGGCUGUUUUAAAGAGUGGUCAUUUGAUUUCAUUUCCCGAGACGACUGAGGUCAGAUCAGACUGUUAGAAGGGAAUGGGAGCACUCGAUUUUAGAAGUGGAAGUGCGAAGGCAGAUGCCUCCAUCUCUUACGCAGCAUUUUGAAUAUGCUUUGGAGUUCGAGUCUUAGUGUUCAGUCGCACUCAAAUGUUUUGGAUUCAAGCACCAGUGCAGUCCAGAGUCAUUAGAGGAGGGAAGCCACAACAGUGUUUAAUUACAACCAUUUAAAAGACCAAAAACUAAAAAAAAAAAAAAAAUCUUACUUGACCAUGUAGUUCAUUAUUGACAGAGCAAAUGGAUGCUUUUAUGUACUGUGGAAGGUGCCAUUGCUGUUGUGUGCACUUGCUGAAAGCGAUGUUGUUUCUGACAUGAAAUAUUGCCACACACAGACUGCUGUCAAGAGCUUUUCACAACAGGCAGUCUAUAGGACACUGGAACUGUGACAAGACCUUUUUGGCUCAUUUGAACAAGGCUCGAGGACUGAUAUUUUACCUGUUAUAGCCUUGGCAUGGAAAGCAAUCCCACAAGCUGCCAAUAUUUAUAUGUUUUAAGUUGUUAGUUAUCUAAGGUUGAGACCAAGACGGGAGCUUGAGGGAGGGAGGGAGGUUUCUAGAGCCAAGAACAAAAGCAACGUAUUUUCCCAGCUAUUUCAAUUAUGGUGUCUAAAGACUUUCAAGUGUGAGGCCAAAUCCUGCCUGAUACAAAGCUCCCACUGAACCUGGUCCUGUGAGGUUUGGAGUGAUUACAGCCUUCAGAUCCCUUCUUAAUCAGUAAAGAUACUCAGUCACCCCACAUGUUCCAGCCUUUAAGGAUUAUAUAUAUAAAAACUCAACCUAAGACUUUCUCCUGACAGAUUAUGCCAUCCUAUUGCAGAUUUGACAUUUAGUUUUAAAAAACUAUUUGUGAAGGAAACACAUUAAAUACCCAACAAUAGUAGAAACACUGACCAGCUUGGACUGAGCCUUUUAAAUAUUUAUCUUAUUUAAAGUAGCUUAACUUCUCUUCCUUCCCACUCAGAAAUAGCAUCUCAGUGAUGCUGAGUGUAGAAAACAUGGAGAGAAGAGAUGUACAGCAAGGCUGAGAGUGCACUUCAUUUGCUUUCUCUCCUCUUAGAUCUUGGUAUGCGGUCUCUCAAAACGUGCAUCACAGCUGCUUUACCUUCUUGUUGGGCACUUAAUGGAGCCUUCCUGAACGUGAGAGCAGACCUGCACGUGAACACAAGCACAGUCCGGUCAGCGAGCACAGCGGCUCCUCGGUAACCGCAAACAAGACGCAGCCUGGUGCUGGCCCUGUGUUCGUGUGCGUGCACGUCUCCAUUACCGGGGGGAACUCGCCUCGUGUCUAGGACUCAUGCACUGAGGUCUCCUAGAAGGGAUCCAGUCGGUCCCACUUGGGUGGGAUCUGAGGGCUGAAGGCAUCUCUCAAACCCAUGGACAGCUCAGCUUUGGUGCGUUAUCACCUCUUAAGAAAUGCCAAGUCUGCACAAGUCCCGCUGAGGACAACAGCCUGAUUUCUUUCUGCCAGGAAGGUUGACUCUUACUGGCGCAACACAAGAGCAAAACCCAUGCCAAAUCCGAGCCCACCCUACCCCGGAGGAAACGGCAACGUAAGGCGCGAGAGACCGAAGAGCUGGGCCCAGCGCACACGCUGGCUUGCACGCGGAGGGGCUUUCUCGGGAGAAAACGAGACGACCCAGGUGCGCGAGGAGCUGACGCGGUGGCGUGUCCAGCCCCUCGGCGCCCGCCAUAGGUGCGAGGGGCUAACGCAGCCCGCGGACCGUGCCAGCUUCUCCGCGGAGGAGAGGGGCACGGCUGGGAGAACGGGGGAGCCAAGGGCAAGAGCUGCCCCUCUCCAGCGUGGCCUACCAAAGGAAUGCAACACGUAAAUCUCCCCAAUUCGAAGGGAAACGAAGAACGCCCCAUCUUCUAGGCUGCUUGUCCCUGUAAUCUCAACAAAACGUCACACUUACUUGCAAUAAUAAGGUGCAAAAGGGAUGCUCAGCCUUUCUGUAUUUGUCACAGCAAGGGUAAAAUUCUUACUCCCUUCAUUGUUGUUUUAGAUAAAUCUAGUUUUGUGGCCAUGCCUUCUACCCUACUCUCAGAAACCUCUCUCUAUUCUUUCUUUGUAAAUUGACAGUAACCAAAGUUACCUUAUGAAAAGGGUACUGUAUGUUUCAUUUUGAGGAAAACACUGUAUUUAUAUCUUAUUUUUAUUCUAAAUUUGUUAUGAGGAAUGCUAGUCUACGUUACAUGUGAAUGAGUCUGAAGUGCAAUAUAUCUAUAUAGAUAAGUGGUUCAUUUUUGAGAAUGUAUCUAUUGAAAAAAUUAUUUAUACAAGAAAUUCACUAUUCUACUUAACAUAAUAGUAACCUUACAGAAAAUAGUGAAUGUUUAGGGCUUUUAUUUAUUAAAAAAAAAUUCAAUUAAGUGCAUGGCAUAUGGUGCCAUGCACAUGGUGUGAUUUAUUAGUUUUUGUAACAAUAUUUAUCCUGCAAACUAGCAGUGUCAUCUGAUUUUUCCUGUCCUGAUGAUGUAUUUUUGUAAAUUGCCAUAUUUAAAAAUAAAAUCUUUUUGCGUGAAUAUUUUAUUUCCAACUAAAAAUAACCCAUUAAAUUACUGCAACUUCAUUUGAAAAAGAACUCGCAACCUUUUUCAUUAUCAUUUUAGAAAUGACAUGGUGCAAUUUUCAUGUACAGUGAAUUGGUCAUUUCAUUCCUCAUCAUUUAGGGCGUUAAGAGCGUGCUUCCAAAGCCCCUUGAAGUCAAAGGGAAGGUUGCUUGUGGGUUCUGUGGUUUGUUUUUCCAACCACCAUCAAUUUAAGAGGGCUUUGGAUCAAGCCGUAUCUUGUUAACAAACAUUUGAAGCCUUUUUAGAGACCAGUUUGGAAAAUAAAGCCUUGACUUUUUAGUCUGCCAUAUGGGAGCUGCUGUUGAUAAUACUUGCCUUAUUUUUGGUUUUGUGAAGCAUCUUGCAAUGGCUGUUGCUAACUAGCCAAUGUCUUGCUGUUAUUAUUUGUACCUCCUAAUUUUCCAAUAGUUAAAAACUUAACCAAGCACAUGCAGUAUCAUUAUUUAGGGAAAAAUAUCCUGGAGACAAAACCAUCUUUGUUGGAGAGGUGGUCUUUUGUACUCUAUUUAAUUUAUAUUUCAAAUAUCUACAAUUAGAAAAAAUAAGCUGUGAAUGGACCGUCUUACAAUUACUUAUAGGUGUAUGUCCUUGAAGACCACAGCUAGGAACAAAAUACUUUUUAGAUGAGUUGUUGGUAUAUAAAAUUAUGAGACCUAUCACCUAUUUAAAUUGUGAAUAUUGAUAUUUUCAUAAGUAGACAAUAUAUUGUGUUUGACAGACUUGUUUGUAUUAUAAUAAAUUAUGAGAUGAUGCAUAACUUA